UCACAUUAGCAUCAUGGCCCAAACUAUCCAAAACACCAUCAUAUCCCUAAUUACCAUUUUGUCCCUGUUGAACCUCAGCGUUGCAGCAUACAAAAAUAAUGAUAAGUACUACGAAAGCCUUUCUCACAAAGAGAUAGGGUUGCAUAAGAAGGAGGAGCUGACCCACCUCCACUUCUACUUCCAUGACAUCGUCAGCGGCCCAAACCCUACGGCCGUUCAAGUUGCCGCGGCCAAAACAAGCAACACGUCGUCGACGGGCUUCGGCUUCGUGGUGGUCAUUGACGAUCCCUUGACGGAGGGGCCAGAGCCGAACUCCAAGGCCGUGGGAAGAGCUCAGGGAAUCUACACCUCGGCCUCGCAAUCCGAUGUGGGACUACUUAUGGUUUUGAAUUAUGUGUUCACGGAAGGUAAGUUUAACGGAAGCACCCUUAGCAUCUUGGGACGUAACGCCGUCUUCUCCGCCUUUAGAGAGAUGCCGAUCGUUGGCGGAAGCGGGCUUUUCCGGUUCGCCAGAGGCUAUGCUCAAGCCAAUACACAUACGUUUAACAUCACUUCUGGGGAUGCGGUUGUUGAGUACAAUGUCUAUGUUUUGCAUUACUAGCUAGCUAGGUAGCCAGUUAAUAAUGGAGCCGGUUGAUCUUUAUGUUAUUGAUCGUGAUUUUUAUUUUUAUUAUAAUUGAAUAUAUAUAUAUUUAUGUAUGUACUUGUUGAUUAAUAAUAAGAUUAAUAUGAUUUUUCGUUGGUUUGGAUA